CCGUCACGCGCCGCCGCGACAACACGUUAUUAAGGCCUCUGUACGCCACUACACGCGACGCGCGCGUUUCGAACGUAGUGAACGAUCUCGCGACCGGUUCGCCGUAGCCCAUGAGCGACCAGUGACAUCUCGAUACUUGUGCUGUGUGACUUGCAGUGAAACGCUCAGUGCAUACAUGUGCAAGUGAUGGAUUACUGCGGAUCUACCUUCGAGUGCUGACGACCGGGUACGGUCCCGACGUAUGCCCCGGCGCCGCUAGCCCGGACGCGCCAGCAUGCGCGCCCCCGCGGUGCUCAUCGCCCUGCUAGGGUUUCUGCCCCAGGUGCUGACGUCUGGUUCCUUCGAACUUAGGAUAAAAAGUUUUACGAACUCAUUGGGUAGGUUAAGUAGUGGGCAGUGCUGUGAUGGUUCCUCAAAUAGUGACGCGCCGUGUUUGGCGCCGUGCAGGACUAAAUUCCGAGUGUGCCUCAAGAUAUAUCAAGCUAACAUCGACACCACGUCACCCUGUACCUUCGGUGACAUUACAACGCCUGUGUUGGGCGGCAACUCACUGGAUGUGCCCAACCUGCACGUGGAAGGAUUUAGCAAUCCCAUCGUGUUCCCCUUCGAUUUCACAUGGCCGGGCACAUUCACGCUUAUAGUGGAAGCGUGGCACGACACGAACGAGACGUCCAGAUCUGAUGAUACCCUAAUCGCGCGCAUGACGAAGCAGAGCGUGGCUGAUGUCGGAGGCCCUUGGAUCGAAGAAGAACAGCGGUGGGGUGGCCCCGGCGCCGCUCACCUGCGGCUGUCCUACCGGGUGACCUGUGCCGCUCACUACUACGGAGCUGGGUGCGAGGUGCUGUGCAGGCCCAGAGACGACGCCUUCGGACACUAUACUUGCUCGCCCGCGGGAGAGAUCGUGUGCAAGGCUGGCUGGACGGGCGACUAUUGCUCUAAACCGCGAUGCUUGCCCGGCUGCGACGCGGAGCACGGCCACUGCCUCAAGCCCGACGAAUGCAUUUGUCAUUCGGGCUGGGUGGGCGAGCUGUGCGACCAAUGCGAGCGGCACCCGGGCUGCGUGCACGGCACGUGCUCGCGACCCUGGGACUGCAUCUGCGAGGAGGGCUGGGGCGGCCUGUUCUGCAACCAGGACCUCAACUACUGCACCAACCACCGGCCGUGCCGCAACGGCGGGACCUGCCAUAACACCGGCCAAGGCAGCUACACCUGCAUGUGUCCGCCCGAGUACACGGGGCCCGACUGCGAGAAGUCGCUGCACUCAUGCGCUGUGCGGCCCUGCCUCAACGGCGGCGCCUGCGUGCCCGACGAGGGCGGCGAGCUCGCCUGCGCCUGUCCGCAGGGGUACGAAGGUGCGCGCUGCGAGACCCGCCGCCUCACCUGCUCCGACCAACCCUGCCGGAACGGCGGCAUCUGCGAACCUCGCGGUGCUGGCUACGUGUGCGUGUGUCCUGUCGGCUACGCCGGCACGGACUGCGCCCUCGAGGCCGACCCGUGCGCCGCCGGCCCCUGCCGCAACGGCGCCACCUGCACGCGCGCUGGCGACGGCUUCAAGUGCACCUGCCGGCCUGGCUUCCGAGGCAACCGCUGCGAGAUAGACAUCGACGACUGCGCGGGCAUCAUGUGCGAGCAUGGCGGCACCUGCGUUGACCUCGUCAACGGACAACGCUGCCAGUGUGCGCCCGGCUUCGUCGGCCCGAGAUGCGAAACCAGAGUAGACCUGUGCCUCGCUAAACCUUGUGCGAACGGCGGCGAAUGCUUGAUUCUGGACAACGAUUAUGAGUGCCGGUGCCGGUCCGGUUUCGCCGGCAAAGACUGCAGCAUAGACAUCGACGAGUGUUCAUCAUCUCCGUGCCGGAACGGCGGCACGUGCAGAGACCGGGUGGACGGGUACCAGUGCGCGUGCCCGGCGGGCUGGGGCGGCAAGGCGUGCACGGUGUCGCUGGCGGAGCUGGCGGCGCGGCAGGCGGGCGGGCACCUGCGGCGCGUGGGCGACGAAGCGGCGCUGUCGGGCCCGCAGGUGGCGUGGAUCGCGAGCGUGACGGCCGUGGUGCCGCUGGUGGCGCUGGCGGCCGUGCUGGGCAUCGUGUGCGUGCGGCGGCGGCGGGCGCGGGCGGCGCGGGCGGCCGACGCCGAGGCGCGUGCGCAGAACGCGGCCAACGCGGGCGGCCACGUCAUCCGCAACACGUGGGGCAAGUGCGACGCGCCCGCGCCCGAGUGCCAGAACGCGCACAACGCCGCCGCCGAGGAGUGCAAGCGCAAGACGCUCAACACCGAGAGCGCUCGCCUGCUGGCCGCGCUCGACCCGCGCCUCUCGCGGCUCUCCGCGGACUCCGCCUACUGCGCCAAUAGCGAUACAUCGCUAGUGAAGCGGGCGCUAGAAGGCGGAGGGGUGUACGUGUUAGACGACCAUUGCUUGCCGCCGACGUACGCGACACAAGUGUAGUGAUACUAAUGCGUCGAUGGACAACACUAACUUAUUUAUUCACAACGGACGCUCGUGCGAAACAGGCUGUGCGCCGCGUGUAAAUAUAGCGUAAAGUGUAAAGUGACCCUGUAUAAACGGCUAGUUAUAAGCGUUCCGAAGUAUUUAUUUAAGAGAGCGAUUCGUACGCCCCUGUAAAUAGUAUUGGCGGGACGGAUCGUGUUUUUUCCGCCCCUGAUCGGCGAGCGUCGUGGCGACCGCGAGGACCGCGCCGCCGAGGGGCCGGUGGACAAGUCCACGUCGCGAUCUCUGUCACUUGGGGCCGGUGCAUUCUGGCACAAUGUAAACACAUCUAAAUCGUUGCUAAAUUUCAAUUACAUUGUUGUAUAAAACUUUUUUAUAACUUUUUGAUAGUCUCGUCCAAGUAGAAUUCUUAAAUACUUGUUUACAUUGUUUACAAAAUGAUCUCGCCCCAAGUUAGGUAACGUGUGCUGCGUCCCGUAGUUCGGUCCGCUGCGCGACGCCGCAGCACGGCGCGGCACUGCGCUCGGCUCCGGGGAGCGACGUGCCGCGCCGUGACAACACAACUAACACUAUCCCUCUAGACUCGCACCAGUAUAGAAACCAAACCGUGCGUAAAAUAAGAUUAGACUAAUUUAUGAAAAAAUAAUAAUCAACGCGAAUGAUGCGUUCAUCAGUUUUACAUUGAUUUAUAUUUUGUGAUUGACUAAUUGUUGUCAUUUGUUCCUAUGAUUAUGAUAGUGAAUUACUCCACACGAAAAAUCUUGAUCAGGUUUUCUUGAAAAUCGACACAGAUUUUUUCUCUUUUCUCCUAACUUCCGUACUCGGGAUGUAGAUCAGUUAGCACGAUAAUUUAACGUUCCUGAGACUGUGACCGCCAUUUCUACAACGUGUAUGCGCGUACGCAUGCAGGUGGUAAAAGUCGCGGUCGCGCCACACAAAUAUUCACGCACGUAAUUAGUCCAUAGGUUAAAAUUAACUUCAGUACUUAUAGAAACAAAUUGUCGAAACCUAAGUCAUUGUGUAUAAAAGCAUAAGUUUUAGUGUAAGUAUAUUCUCCAUUACUUAUAAGAGUACUGAGACAAUAUAAAGGUGUCAUUAGGCAACAUAGGACACGAUAACUCUGCUUGUUUUAACUUAUUUAUUUUAAUAGGUACGGUUCUCGAGAUAUGUUGUGUUUAUAGAUUCGGCUCGACCCGCCACACCCGUCGCCGCGUGGGGUGGAGCGUCGACCACGAAUCGUCUUUAUGAAAUAAUUUAUGUUAAAUUACAUUUUUAUAAAGUCCGUGUAGAUAUAUGCGGUAAGUGAUAGGUAAUAUCACAUCUUAUGUUGCCUUUUGUACUCGAACGUAGAUUAAAAAGGUUAAAUCGACAAAAUUGUAAAAAUAUGAAUAGACUGAUGAUCAAUAAUAAUUCUCUUGUAUUUAAUUUUUUAAGAUGACAAAUAAGUUUAAAUUAUGAGGAAAUAAAGAACAUCCAAAUGUACUAAAAAUAGAAUCAUAAUUUUUGUACUUAAUUGAUCACAGUGAACCUUUCAUUUUUCUUUUUGAGAAUUACGUAAUUAUAUGUCAAAAUUAUGAUUUCCAUUCCGAACAAUAAAAUGACAGUAUUUUUAAUUUAUUUAUUACAACCGUAUCAUUAUAAUUAUUGUGAAUUUCUUGUAAUUUUUAUGAACAAAAUCAUUGUUUAAUUAUUUUUUGAGCUUAAGUUUACAAUUGACUGAUGUAAAUUGACUUAUUGAUAUUUUGGACACAUUUUAUUAAAUCAUGAAUGUAUUUGUGCCUGUAUGUGUGAGUAUACUGAAAGAUAAAAAUGUCAAAUCAUUCCAUUUCUUAGCUAAGUAGCCUUUAUCUAUAAAUCUAAUGUUUAAUUUCGCUAUUUUCUUAUUAUUGUUUAUUUUGCAUGUGAAACCAGUGAUUGUCUUAAUUGUUCUAUAUUUCGUCCUUGUGGACAAAGUACAAUUAUCUGUUAUCUAUCUUAGUAUUAUAUUAUUACCUUUUGGUAUAUUCACAUAGAUUUAUGUUUCAAAAGAAAAAUGAAAGUAAUCUUCAUUAGAAGGAAGCUGUAACCGAUAAUUCCAUAAAUAGAUCCUAACAGAAUAAAAGUCAUAUUGUGUUGCUAAUGCGUGAUGCAUUACGAGUGUUUGUGACGACGUGUAAUUAUUGCAGUGGAUGCAAACGAGAAUAAAAUGUUAAUAAUAAACAAUUGUUUACAAAAAAUUAAAAA